GAACUCAACGGUCCUCUGUUUCCUGCCUGUAUCCGGGUCCUGUAUGGAAGCCCGUGCGAGGCUGUCCCGGAGACCCCGCGCUGCCUGCACCUCUAUCGUCUCGGUUGACAUGGACGAUGAAGAUGGCAGGUGCCUGCUAGAUGUCAUUUGUGACCCAGAAGCACUCAACGAUUUUCUUCAUGGAUCAGAGAUACAUCUGGACACUGACGACCUUUUGGAUGGCUCUAACGACCCCUCCAGCUCGUUCUUCUCUUCUGUUGGGUGCCACGUUCCAGAGGUCCCACCCCCAGUCCAGCUGUCGUCCAAUGAGCAGCAAGGCCUGCCCCGGGUCAGCGUGGACCUGGACUUCCUGGAAGAUGAUGUCAUCCUGGGCGGGUCGCCGGGCGACGACGGUAGCAACGCCAUGGAGCCAUGCGACAUCCUGCAGCAGAGCCUGGCGGAGGCUAACAUUACAGAGCAGAGCCUGCAGGAGGCCGAGGCAGAGCUGGACCUGGGCUCCUUCGACCUCACCAUGCCAGGUCUGACUCAGGUGGUCCAGACCCUGCCCUGUACAGACAGCCUGACGGGGUCUGGAGGGACCGCUGUGGGGGUGGGGCUCCCCAUCUUCCCUGGAGCUCCAGGCUCCACCCCUCCCCAGGCCACAGCUGACAUGCUGGGCUCGGUGCUGGCCCAACAGGGCCUGGAGUUUGGGCCACAGGUCAUGAACAAGGCCCAGGCCAUCAGUAUGCAGCCUUUCAUGCAGCAGGUGGCAGGCCUGGGUAACGUCACCCUUCAGCCAAUCGCCUCCCUCCAGGCCCUACCUAACGGCUGUCAGUCAGGACACCUGGGGCUGGGACUGGGGCAGAUACAGGUGAUGGGCCAGCCCACUGUGAUGACUAUGAACCAAUCAGGACAGUCCAUCCUGGCCAAGGGUAUGGGAGGAUUCCAGCUGCACCAGCCUGGCCCCGAGGCACAGGGGGCAGGUGGGCAGGGUGGACUUGGAGGAGGACUUCUGAUCCAAGGGGGAAAAGCCACUCUGGGACCUCCUGCUUUAAACGGACCAGCGGUGUGCGGUACCACAGGAACCUUGGUUGGGUUCAGUAGCCCCGGACUGGCACAACAUGGGCAGAACCAUCCCCAAGGACAGAUCAUGCAGAACUUGAUCGUCCAGCGAACUCCGACCCCCAUCCAACCCAAACCCCCUCAGGGGGGCGCAGCCAUCCAGCCCAAACUGUUUAAGCAGCAGCAGCAGGCCCAGCCACACGCCUUCCAGAAUGAAGCCAACAAGGCUCUAGGGGUGCAGCAUGUCCCUGUCUCCACUGCCCAGAAUGUAGCCUUCCUGACAGGCAAGCCUGGCGCCAACGUGGUCCUGACCUCCCAGGCAGGGCUUCCCCAACAGGCUCUGUUCAAACAGCAGACGGCCCACCACCCCUCUGGGAAAGCACUCAGUGUCCACCUGCUCAACCAGCCCGGCAGCAUUAUGCUGGGGGGCCAGAACCACCAGUUCCUCCUUCCACAGCAGCUAGCCGGGGGUCAGAUCCUCACGCAGCACCCUGGGGGCCACAUCAUCACCUCCCAGGGGCCUGGGGGCCAACUGAUAGCCAAUCAGAUCCUGGCUCAGCACCAGAACAUCAACCUGGGCCAGGUGCUGAUGUCUCAGGGCCACAUCCAGCUGCAGCCGGGUCAGAUGGGUGUGGGACAUCAGCUUUUCCAGAUGCCUGUUACCCUCUCCCAGAGCCAGACCCACCCGGUCACGGGCCACCAGGCCCACACGGUGAUCCAGGGCAUGCCCCUGCAGAACUCCCUGGCCAUGCUGAGCCAGGUGGAGGGGGUGAGUCCUGCUGUCAGCCUGCAGCCCGCUCUGCAACCGCAGCCGGGGGGCGUUCCCAGCAGCGGGAUGGGCGGGGCAGCUGCCAUGGCACAGGGCCAGCCUGGGGAGAGUGGGAGCUGUACAGACCAGGCAGCCCAUCCUGGACAACCCCCCCAGCACUCCUCCAUCCUUUCUAUGCAGACUGGGCCCUCUGUCUCUGUGGCUGUCUCUGUCCCCUCCUCUUCUCCAUCCUUAUCUGUGUCCUCCACGUCAGCCCAGCAACAACACAGCCCUGGGAGCAGGGUGCUCUUCACAGGGCCACAGGGCUCCAGCAUGAUCCUCAGCCAGGAACACCUCCAGAUGUUUCUCCAGCAGGACCAGCGACAGACAGAGAAUGACCCCGCCCCCUCUGUCUCAGUGGGCGUGCCAGCGUCCGUUAUCGUCAGCAGCAACAGCAGCUCUGGCAACACACCCUCGGGCCUUGACAGCCAAUUAGCUGAGGCAGCAGUGGUAAACCAGAUGCCCCAGGCGGCUGGACAGCAGUUGAAGCUCCAGAGCCUGUCCCCCUCCCAGCCCCUGGCCUCCCACACUGCUCCCCCUCUGUCGGACAGCCCUCAGCCCUCACCCUUCCCUCUGCAGUCCCCCCACCACCAUGGCCAGUCCCGCACCCCCUCCCAGCCACAGACCCCUGUCCGCUCCUGCACCCCCUCAUCUCUUACCCCAAUGUUCAUUAUCCAUAACCAGAUCCCUGGCUCCCCCAGCCUGCACAACAACAGCAACAGAUGCACAUCCAGUCCCGGCCCCCCUCCCAGCCUGCUCCCUACCAACCUGACGUCCCCCUCCCACCUGCUCUCCCAAACCCUCCCAGACUCUCCAGGGCCCUCCUGCAGGGUUCCAAUUUACAGUGCCCGAGGUGGGGGUCCCCGGGGGUGGAGUGGUGAAGACCCAGGCUCAGCCCAUCGCUCAGCCCAUCGCUCAGCCCAUCGCUCAGCCCAUCGCUCAGCCCAUCGCUCAGCCCAUCGCUCAGCCCUCUCCACAACAGAAACUACAGCAGGUCCAACAGAACAUUUUACUACAGGCCAAACAACAGCAGCACAGCCAACCCCAAACUCCACCCCAACAACAAGCCCAAUUCAGCUCACAGAAAGAUGUGCCUGCUCUUCUGAUCCCACAACAGGCCCAGUCCAGCUCACAGAAAGAUGUGCCUGCUCUUCUGAUCCCACAACAGGCCCAGUCCAGCUCACAGCAGGAUGUGCCUGCUCUUCUGAUCUCACAACAGGCCCAGUCCAGCUCACAGCAGGCGUCUGUGCUGGUCAAGACUCCUGCCACAGUUUGGUUGGCACAUCCAAUGACGUGCAGGUGUUCUCCGGAGUGCAGGGUCAAGGCGGAGUUGAGGUGAACCAAGGGGGCGUGGCUCCAGCUAGUUUUAACCAUCCGCCCGGUCAACAGUCACUACACCAGUCUGUGCAGUCAAAGCCUGAAGGACUGAUCGGUCAGAUGGGGGUGAGGAGCCUGGGGAUGAUCCAGGUGAUCGGGUCAGGUCUGGGUCAGAUGACCUCAACACAGCAGCACACCCCUGGUCUGGUCUCGCUACAAACACAGACUGCUACUAUGAAGAUGCCUUUCAGUAUUGCUGAACCCAGCAAGGAAGCCAGGAUGUUGGAGCAGCUGAGGAAGCAGCAGGGUUCAGUCCUCCACCCAGACUACAGCUCUUCCUUCCAGUGUUUUGAAGACACCCUGACCCGCCUGGUGCCUUACCACCUCUACCAGGGCACCGCCACCGCACCACACGACUACCACAGAGUGGAUGAUGAGUUUGAGAGUGUUUCCAGCCAGCUCUUGAAGAGAACGCAGGCCAUGCUGGAUAAAUACAGACACCUGCUUUUUGAAGAGUCAACACGCCUUGGCCCGUCAGCUGAGAUGGUAAUGAUGGACAGGAUGUUUAUUCAGGAGGAGAAGAUCUCUCUUGGACAGGACCGCAUCCUCGCCAGGGACAGACCUGAGGAAUACGUUGCCAACUCGAAGCUGCUGGAGCGGGAGAGUGUAGCUGCCAGGGUGCCCCAGUCUGCUGAGCCCAGCAUCGUGUGGAGUCGUGUAUCUGUGGCAGGGACAGAUACAGGUCCUACCCCCAUCACAGCCUCAACACCGGCCCACUUCCCCUCCACCAAGCUGGUGAUAAAGCAGGGAGGAGCGGGGGCGUCUGCCUCCUGGUCCAGCUCCCCAGCUCCUGUAGCCAGGUCGGGGUCAGGGGUCAGACAGACAGUUGACACCCAGAGUCACAGCUCCUCCUUCAGCCACGGUCCUCCGCCUCCUUCCUCGUCCAGCUCCUCCUACCGCUCCUUCUCCUCCAACUCCUCCUACCGCCCCUCCUCUCGUCCAGCUGAUGAUGAUGAUGAUGAUUCUCUCCCUCAGAGGACCAGUAAACCUCCCAUGAAGACUUACGCCGCCCGCCCACGCAUCGGCUUGAAGCUCAAGAUCAAACAGGAAGCGGGGUUUAGUAAGGUGGUACACAACACCGCCCUCGACACACCAUCCACACCCCAGCCUCAAGCCCAACCACACCCCACCACCCAGCCACAAUCAGCACUGACGCACCCAAAAGCCCGAGCCGUAGCAGCACUAGCCACGCCUCCUUCUAUAACUACUGUCAUUAGGACUCCACCCCCUACCUGUAAUGCCACUUCCUCGGCAACGGUCUCCAUAGAAACCACACAGGCGACCCCCAGCCCCAUCCAGAGAGUCACAGCCCCCCCACCCCCCUCCUCCUAUCACCCUUGGUCUUCAUCAUCAACGACAACACCAUCCUCAUCCUCUUUCACUGCUCAGAUUAACGGAACGUUAGAACAUCACAAUGUGGGUGGAGUCGAGCGUAACCCCGCCUCCACGGUCACUCCUCCUCAGACCACUUGCCGCCUACCGCUAAGGAAGACUUACCGGGAGAACAUCAGCCCGCGCGUCCGACCGGGCGUACCGGGAGGAGGAGGAGACAGUGUCCCGUACCCCCGUCCCUCCCCCUCACCCCCCAAAUCUCCCCUCCCACCCUCCUCACCCUCUGCCCUCUCGGAGCGGACAGUGAUCGCCAACGUGAAAUUGGAGAAGAGAGGAGGCAGCUCCAGGGAGGUGGUCUCCCACGCCCACACAGAGCCCAGCCGAGAGGCCCCGAGGCUGGGGAACUCCACCUCCUCCUCCCCUGGCUUAGGUCUGGAGGUGUUGUACCGCGGCAUCAAAAACACAAACACCCACCCUCACCUCUCAGACAGAACCAGAGACGGUGAGCAGGGGGACAGAGGGGCGGACAGAGGGGCGGACAGAGGGGGGGACAUGGGGAGGUGUAAAAGGGUGAGCAGUAAAAACCAUCAGAGGUCAGGGAGUGGAACUUUCAGAAUGGACCAGCAUGCACCUGGGCCCCCGUCCACACCGACAGAUGCUUCCUGUUACAGAGACUCAUCACUUCCUGCUAAGCGCUGUAAGUCGGACUCCCCUGACAUGGACAACGCCUCCUUCUCCUCCGGUUCCCCGCCACACGAUGAGUCUCUUAACGAGCACCUGCAGUGUGCUAUCGACUCCAUCCUCAACCUGCAGGGCCAGGUCCAGGGGCCCCCGCCGCGCGGGUCUAAAGGGGGCCCCGCCAGGCCACAGCGCGCCAUGGGCACCCAGUCCUCCUCAAACACACACAGACCCUCCUCCUCUUCCUCAUCCUCCUCCUCUUCUCAGGUUGGAGGCAGAGGACGCAAUGGCGGCCUGGUGCCACAGACUCAAGGCAGAUAACACACACACACACACACACACACGGGACAGUAGAGACUGAAGAGGAGGAGAGGCGGACAGAGACGUCUCGCUGUGUUUUAAUGAACUGUUUGUCCAUUUAAAUGUUGUCUACUUUACAACAUGACCCAAUGCUCACAGUCCCUCCAUGGAUGAGUGGAUGAUGUCUCUCUCUCUCCUCUCUCUCUCUCCCUCUCUCUCCCUCUCUCCCUCUCUCUCUCUCUCUGCCUCUCUCUCUCUCCCUCUCUCUCUCUCUCUCUCUCUCUCUCUGUGUAAAAAGGUAUCGUGUUUUACUCUGGAAGUCUCCUCUGCUCUCUCUCAACCACGCUCAAUCAUUCAUUAGAUUAAUUAGUCUUGAGGUUUUUCAUUCACACGCUGUAUUCCAUUACAUUCCUUAGGUCGUCAUGGUCUGUCUGUCUGUCGGUCUGUGUCUGUCUGUCUGUCUCCUGGUGAAGAAAUAACACCGUGGUCAUGUUCACUAGGUGAAACGGGUGAAAAAGAUUCUGAAACUACACAAACUAGUCCAAUAAGAACACCGAUUUUGUUUUUCUGUUGCAAACGGUUUUACUACGGUGUGCCCUACUGAGGGGACGCUCCCUACAGCCUGCGGUCACUAGGUAACCCACACCAGGAAGAGAGAGGUCUGGUUUAGAACGCCCUACAGCCUGCUGUCACUAGGUAACCCACACCAGGAAGAGAGAGGUCUGGUUUAGAACGCCCUACAGCCUGCUGUCACUAGGUAACCCACACCAGGAAGAGAGAGGUCUGGUUUAGAACGCCCUACAGCCUGCUGUCACUAGGUAACCCACACCAGGAAGAGAGAGGUCUGGUUUAGAACACCCUACAGCCUGCUGUCACUAGGUAACCCACACCAGGAAGAGAGAGGUCUGGUUUAGAACACCCUACAGCCUGCUGUCACUAGGUAA